CUGCUUGGGAGUCUCUGCCCCUCCCCUGCUCACACUCUGUCUCUCUCAAAAUAAAUAUAUUUGGAUUUUUAAAAAUUUAUUUAAGUGCUCCAUGAUUAAUUUUACUUACAGGAAUUACAUCUUAGAGACAUACUCAUGUAAGUAUGCAUUUGUACGGGGUUAUUUUUGCAUUAUUUGUAAUAACAAAAUAGUGAAACAGCCUAAAUGUCUGUCAACAGGGGACUGAUUAAAUAAACUGUGGCAUGAUUUGCAAUCAUUCAAAUGCAGCCAUUGGAAAGAGUGAAGUAGUUCUAUGUGUACUGAUAGAGAAUGAUUCAAAAAGUAUUUAGAUUUCAUAUAUAUGAAAAAAGUGUACAGAACAUUGUAUAUUGCUACCAUUUGAGGAAGAACAUAUAAGCAUAUUUGCUUAUAAAUGUAUAAAAUAUCUCUGGAGGAACACAUGGAUAUCCAUGGAUAUUUCUGAAUGGAGGCACCAGAAGGCUGCAAAACAGGGAUACGAGGAAACACUUCAUUCAUAUUGGGGUUUGUCUGCUACUGUUUGAAUUUUGGAAUAUGACUAUAUUAUCCACCCAAAAGCAUUUUUUAAUAAUAUGAACAUGACAGGAAUGUUCAUUGUGAAAUUAUUCCCGAGUGAAAUGCUCAAAAUACCCUAAAUACCCAUCAGUAGGAGAAUGUGUAAAUUAUGGUCAAAUCAUACAGUGUCCUUCAUGAGCACAGUUAAAAUAAGUUAAUUAAGCUUUUCAUGUCAACAUAGAUAAAUCUCAAGUUUGUAAUGUUAUGUGAGAAGCUUAAGUUAACUUUACUUAAGUAACUUAAGUUACACCCCAGCAUGAUCCCAUCAAUAUACAAAGUUUGAAAAUACAGUAAAGAGUGCUUUUUGUAACGAUGAUGUUUUAUACUUUAAAAGAGAAAUCUGAUGUAAGUAUGGCACUAAAUCUUAUAAAUCCAUUGAGCUAAGUAGGCAGUUUCCAUAAUGGUAUAUUGGCCCAGUCCUGCUUGUCUCAUGGGGACCCAGAGCAACCCUAAAUCCUCCUCCAGGAACCAGAAUGCUCCUCAAAUGAAAAGUAUUCCUCUCAGUGGCCAGCAGGGUUUCCCUUGUCUGUAUCUGAAUCUUCUUGUCUUCCAGGGAUGUUGGUGGUAAAUGUAACAUGGAGGAACAAGACCUAUGUAGGCACACUUCUUGACUGCACGCGGCAUGAUUGGGCACCCCCCAGGUUCUGUGACUCCCCCACCAGUGACUUGGAAAUGCGCAACGGCCGGGGUAGAGGCAAACGCAUGCGUCCCAACAGUAACACACCUGUCAAUGAGACAGCCACUGCCUCUGACAGCAAAGGGACCAGCAGCAGCAGCAAAACCCGAGCAGGAGCCAAUAGCAAAGGCCGUCGGGGCAGCCAAAAUUCUUCAGAGCAUCGCCCACCUGCCAGUAGCACCUCUGAGGAUGUCAAGGCCAGCCCUUCCUCAGCUAAUAAGCGGAAAAACAAACCGCUUUCAGACAUGGAGCUGAAUUCCAGCUCAGAGGACUCCAAAGGGAGCAAGCGUGUCCGUACGAAUUCCAUGGGCUCAGCCACUGGUCCCCUCCCUGGGACCAAGGUUGAACCCACUGUUCUAGACAGAAAUUGUCCCUCCCCAGUCCUGAUUGACUGUCCCCACCCAAACUGCAACAAAAAGUAUAAGCACAUCAAUGGACUGAAGUACCACCAAGCUCAUGCCCACACAGACGAUGACAGCAAGCCGGAAGCAGAUGGAGACAGUGAAUAUGGAGAGGAGCCCACCCUCCAUGCAGACCUUGGGAGCUGCAAUGGUGCAUCCGUCUCACAGAAAGGUUCCUUGUCCCCUGCCCGUUCAGCUACCCCCAAAGUUCGGCUCGUAGAGCCCCACAGCCCUUCUCCUUCAAGCAAAUUCAGCACAAAAGGCCUCUGUAAGAAAAAGCUUAGUGGGGAAGGGGACACAGACCUUGGGGCCUUAUCUAAUGAUGGCUCUGAUGAUGGACCCUCAGUAAUGGAUGAAACAAGCAAUGAUGCCUUUGAUUCUUUAGAAAGGAAGUGUAUGGAAAAAGAAAAAUGUAAAAAACCCUCUAGUUUGAAGCCUGAAAAGAUUCCUUCCAAAAGCUUAAAGUCAGCGCGGCCUAUUGCCCCUGCCAUCCCUCCACAGCAAAUCUACACCUUCCAGACAGCCACCUUCACAGCAGCAAGCCCAGGCUCCUCCUCAGGCUUGACCACCACAGUGGUCCAAGCCAUGCCCAACAGUCCUCAACUCAAGCCUAUUCAGCCCAAGCCCACUGUGAUGGGAGAACCUUUCACAGUCAACCCUGCCUUGACCCCAGCCAAGGACAAGAAAAAGAAAGACAAAAAAAAGAAGGAGUCCUCAAAGGAACUCGAAAGUCCUCUGACCCCUGGGAAGGUGUGUCGAGCAGAAGAAGGCAAAAGCCCGUUCAGGGACUCCUCGGGAGAUGGGAUGAAAAUGGAGGGGCUCCUGAAUGGCUCAUCAGACCCCCACCAGAGCCGACUGGCUAGCAUCAAGGCAGAAGCUGACAAGAUCUACAGCUUCACGGACAAUGCCCCCAGCCCUUCAAUUGGAGGCAGCAGCCGCAUAGACAGCACUACUCCUACCCAGCCCCUGACUCCCUUACAUGUAGUGACCCAGAACGGAGCCGAAGCCAACUCGGUCAAAACCAACAGCCCUGCAUACUCCGACAUAUCUGAUGCUGGGGAGGAUGGGGAGGGCAAAGUGGACAGCGUCAAAUCAAAGGACCCUGAACACUUGGUUAAGGAAGGGGCUAAGAAAACUCUUUUUCCCCCUCAGCCACAGAGCAAAGACUCGCCGUAUUAUCAAGGCUUUGAGAGUUACUACUCUCCGAGUUAUGCACAGUCUAGCCCGGGGGCUCUGAACCCCAGCAGCCAGGCAGGAGUGGAGAGCCAAGCUCUGAAGACAAAAAAGGAUGAGGAGCCUGAGAGCAUAGAGGGGAAAGCGAAGAACGAUGUCUGUGACGAGAAGAAACCAGAGCUGAGCAGCUCCAGUCAGCAGCCUUCCGUCAUCCAGCAGCGUCCCAACAUGUACAUGCAGUCUCUGUACUACAACCAGUAUGCCUACGUGCCCCCGUAUGGCUACAGCGACCAGAGUUACCACACCCACCUCCUGAGCACUAACACAGCCUACCGGCAGCAAUAUGAGGAACAGCAGAAACGGCAGAGCUUGGAGCAGCAGCAGCGGGGACUGGACAAGAAGGUGGAGUUGGGCCUAAAGGAGCGGGAGGCGGCACUCAAGGAAGAAUGGAAGCAAAAGCCGUCGAUUCCCCCAACUCUCACCAAGGCGCCCAGCCUGACAGACCUGGUCAAGUCAGGACCCGGGAAGGCCAAGGAGCCAGGGGCUGACCCUGCCAAAUCAGUCAUUAUUCCCAAAUUAGACGACUCCUCCAAACUGCCCAGCCAGGCCCCGGAAGGACUUAAAGUGAAGCUGAGUGAGGCCAGCCACCUAGGCAAGGAGGCCUCUGAGGCUAAGACAGGCGCUGAGUGUGGCCGACAGGCAGAGGUGGAUCCAAUACUCUGGUACCGACAGGAAGCAGAGCCCCGGAUGUGGACGUAUGUCUAUCCUGCCAAGUACUCGGACAUCAAGUCAGAGGAUGAGCGGUGGAAAGAGGAGCGGGACCGCAAAUUGAAGGAAGAAAGGAAUCGGAGUAAGGACUCUGCCCCCAAGGAGGAUGGGAAGGAAAGCACAAGUAGUGACUGCAAGCUGCCCACGUCUGAGGAAUCCCGCCUCGGGAGCAAGGAGCCCCGGCCAAGUGUCCAUGUGCCUGUGUCCUCCCCCCUCACCCAGCACCAGUCCUACAUCCCUUACAUGCACGGCUACUCCUAUAGCCAGUCCUAUGACCCCAACCACCCCAGCUACCGGGGCAUGCCUGCUGUGAUGAUGCAGAACUACCCAGGUUCCUACCUACCUUCCAGCUACUCUUUCUCCCCAUAUGGCAGCAAAGUCUCAGGGGGUGAAGAUGCUGACAAGGCACGAGCCAGCCCCAGUGUCAGUUGUAAAUCCAGCUCAGAGUCCAAAGCCCUGGACAUCUUGCAGCAGCACGCCAGUCACUACAAGAGCAAGUCUCCCACGAUAAGUGAUAAAACGUCUCAGGAGAGAGAUCGGGGAGGCUGUGGGGUGGUUGGGGGUGGUGGCAGCUGUAGCAGCGUCGGGGGAGCAGGCGGGGGUGAAAGAAGUGUAGACCGGCCCCGCACGUCCCCUUCUCAGCGCCUGAUGUCCACACAUCACCACCACCACCAUUUGGGGUACUCGUUGCUCCCAGCACAGUACAACUUACCCUACGCAGCAGGGCUUUCUUCUACAGCCAUUGUUGCCAGCCAGCAAGGCUCCACUCCCUCACUCUACCCACCCCCGCGGAGGUGAGAAUGAACACCAAGUGCCCGGAUAAAGUCAGCUUCACGGGCCCGGACUGGCUCACCCAAGGAGGUGCUGGAGGUGCCAUUUAGACAUCAGUUAAAUGGUGUUGAUCAUCCUGUUUGCCGUUCCCACCAUGACCGAAGGCAGACCCUUGGCUAUCUCACCUCCACCAGAUCCCUGGACUCCCCAACCCUCCCUCUUCCUCAGGAGCUGGAGAGCUGGUACUUAGCAAAAAUAUUUAUUCUCUCGGCCACAGUUGAGACUGUUGUGGCCUCUGUGGAGAUGAAGGCACGGGGAGCAACCAGGGGAACAUGGCCUCAGCCCAGAGAAGUAACUGCUCCGUUCCCCAAGCCCCUGGUCAGCUGCCAGAGCAGUGCCAACCCCCACCCCCCAGGGAGGGACUCACAAGUACUGGGUAAGGUCUGAAGACAGCACAGCAGCCAUACCCCUGUCACUGUCAUUACCACAAUCACCAGAUCCUGCAUCUCCCCAGCAGUUUGGGCCCUGGGAACUGGCAGCAUGUGGAGGAAUUAGAAUCUCAGGAAAGAAAUUGGGGGCUGUUUUCUCUGUACUUGUGAAAACAAAGUCUUCACCCAUGAAGACUUCUCCCCUCUCAUGUGAGCACAUAUAAAUGCUCAGAGCCUAGCCUGGAAAGGAAGACCAAGGCAUUUGCCCCACCAUGGCCCUGGGAUACCUGUCAGGCAGAGGGCUGAGGUCCCAACACCAGCACAGGGCUCCCCAGGGAUACUUGGGAGUGAGCUGGAGCAUGAAUGGAGUCUGUGAAAAAGAACCUGCAUCCCCACUAAGUCCUGCUGCUUCUAAGCCCCCAACUCCUUGCCCUUUUCUCUCUCUCCUCCUUACCCCUUGGUGCCUUUCCCAGGGGGAUCCCCAUGCUGAUCUCUCCUUCUCUUUUCCACUGCUUGGCUCUUAAGACUCAGGCAGGUAAAAUAGUAUUCCCCCCAGCAUGGGGAGAUCUGGAGUCUGCCAGGUCACCUUCGGGCAAGGCCCAGGAGGGAGGCCCUGGGAGCACCCAGCAGUUCUUAGAGGUGUCCUGUCCAUUCAGCCAUCUGAGUAUCCUCCUCAUUUAGGGCCACAAAUAUAUACAGCCCAGUUCCUCUGUAUACAAGUACAUGAUUUUAUAUAGCUCAAUCUAUAACCCCACGUGUGCCAAUAUCAGCUGUGUUUCUUUGUUAACACACGUUUUUGUUUUAGGGGCCACUGGCCAUGGAAAGUUACGGGUUCCUUAGACCCUGGGAUAACACAUCCAAGCCAUUACUCCUCAGAGCCAGAGUGUACUCAGUGGAGCUGUGCUAUGAGGCAGCAGACAUUUCUCUGCUCUCCUUAGAAAUGCAGUCUACCAGCCCAGCUUUAUGCUCUUUGCCCUGGGAAAGUGACCAUGAUUUGGUAGCUUUAUUGGAGUCACUUCUUCCCCAAGGUAUGAGGAGCUUUAGCUCUUAUUUUGCUUUUGAGGUAUCAUCCCUUUGUUCUCCUUGGCUAUCUUUCCUUGACCUUCUGGAUUGAGAAAGACUGACAUACACCAGCCUAAGGCUAGAGAGGGGUAUUUGUGACCAGAGUGCCAAAGUGACCAUUUAAGAGCAAGGACUUGGCUCGGACUCCAUUUGGGGCAUGGGGGUGGAAGACAAUAAGCACAAUGCCCAGCAGAGGCUGCUUUCCAAGAGCCCUGGCUUAGGGUCGUUUGCCCAAGAGGAGCCCCUUUCACCUAUAGACCUCUCCUCUAGGCUUUCAUGUCAGUUGUUUUUGUUCAAGUUGGGUUGAAUCCUUCCCAAAACCCACUGUUUUAGACCACUUUGCAGGCCCCCAAGCAGCCUCCCUUUUCCCCAUCAUUCCCUCGGCCUCCUGCUAAACCCAGAGGGCAGGGCUCUGGGCAGUGACUUCCCUUUCAUCCAUGGAAGUAGUUGGUUUGGGCACCUUCACCCCACCUAACCUGAGUCACCCCCACCAAGAGGAUGACUCUGAAUUUCAGCCUGAUUGUACCCUCCCAGACUCCUGUGGGGUGGAGCCAAGGGCCCAUCUCUGUUCCUGUUUGUUUUUAAAUAUUGUUGUGUUUUGUAACUGUGGCGCUGGCUUACAGCGUGCUCUGUACAUAUUGUAAAGAAACCGUUGGAGUAAUUUUCUUUCCCACUGGGCAGGCCUGGCCCCACAUUCCUGCCCCUUCCACUUGGUUCUGUAACACAGAGAAGAGGAACUUCUGUAUUAGCAGGGCAGCCUUGGGUUCUGCAGAAGGGAAUUUUUUUUUUUUCUUUCCUUACAAAGAAACAUUUGGCUCUCUGAUCCUUAUAUCCAAGUCUCCCUAGAAGCGUAGGAGCUGAGCUCCCAGAAGAGCAGGUGAAAGCAACAAUGGCAGAAUAGCACUGUCUUUUCCUGGUCCCUGCUCCUUGCCAGGUCCAGUCUUCCCUCCCUGAAAUAACAUGCAGCAGCUGCAUCAACGAAGGAAGUAGAGAUCCUUGACAAGUGCUGAGUGAAGGAUCUGCUGUCCACCUCCAGCCUCUAUGGAGAGGAGGCACACAGGUAGGAGUACCUGUGGCACCCAUGACUUGCUCAGAGAGAUGAGACACUCAGCAGGGAUUCCACCCCAUGAGCAAAGGCUGGAAUAGCUUGCUGGGACCAAGACCACCAGACCAAAGCUCUCUAUGAGCCACCUCUGCCCCUUCACAAACCUCGUUCACCGGGGCUCCACACAGAGGACCUACAGGGAGGGAGCCUCAUCCCCAGUUAGGACAGCCAGGGCUGGGAGAGCUGCUCUUUAGGGUUCACAUCUGCUUCCUCACUUAAGGUGUGCCGGUUUCCUUCAUCCCCCUUCCCUGCCUGUACAUGUACGUGUACAUGUACGAAGUUCCCUUCUCUUACCUCAUUCCCUCCACAUGUCUCCAGGUCAAAUGACCACAGGCAGAAUGGUUAAGAAGGCACCCCAUGAAAUGAAAUGGUGACUCUUGAAUAUUCUCUCCGGGCUCCAAGGGGAGGGUGAGAGGAUGUGGUUUUGGGGGUGGGAGGGUGAGACUGUAGAAGGGCUAGAGUUACUGUACAUGGGCUUUGAGGUCACCCUUGUUGCUCAUUAUGCUGUGUACCCUGUUACCAUCCCAAUGUCUACUCUCCUGCCCCUGUGAUUUAACUGGGCAGCUAGUUGGCCCCAUAAUUCUGGGCCUUUGUCAUUUGUUUUACUACUAGGGCAUCCCAGGAAGCUCUCUGAUGAUCCUCUGCCAUGGGCCCCUCCUGGGAUCAAGCCCCUCCCAGGCCCCGCCCCCAGCCCCUCUUGCCCCAGCCCACCCGCUUGCCUUGGUGCUCAGCCCCCCAUUGGGAGCAGGUUGGGGCGAGCUGGAGGCCCGGGCUGGAGGGGCAGUGUUGCUGUUCAUAGCUUUUGUUCCAUUGGCGUUGCUCUGUUGGAUUUAAUUUCAGUCUUCCUGAUUCUUCCCUUCUGUAAAGUGUACAUUACCAAGUUCCUUGUUUUUUAUAUAUAUAUAUAUAUAAAUAUAUAUAUAUACAAACUGUACUCUUUUUGCCUUUGUACAUUCAGGCAAGAAGAGAAAAUAAAUCUUUUUAAGAGACAAUCACAAAUCUGUGAGGGCUGCUGGUUAUUUCUCUUGGGAGUUUGCUGCUGAGCUGCCUCCUCCUCCUUCCCUGCUUUUCUGUUUUCCCCCAGCUUUCCUGAUCUUCCUGGUCCUGCUCCAUAUGCAUCCUCAGCUCUACCUUCCCUGGCUGAUGGCAAACUGUUGAAUCCAGUGUCCAGACUACCUGCCCUUGAGCCCUUUCUUGCCCAGUGGUGUUUUCUAGCUUGGCCACUGGCUUAUCCAGGGCUUUAUCCUGUGCCCUGGCCUCUCCUGUCUUCCCCCUUAGACCCCAUUCACCAAAGUGGCUUUGGACCCCUCAAGUACCCUGAGGUCUAUCCCCCCGGAGGCCCUGGCUUUGGACACUCACUUGUGAAACUAUGCAGCUGGGAGCUCUCUGUUUAAGAGUUUGCACUACUUGAACUGCCUGGGAGUUAGAACGGAUGGUUUUUAGGAAUGAGUGAGAAACUGUCCCCUAAUCCCCCUCCCCAAUUCCAGCCUCCAGAGUGCUCUGAUCCAGAGCCCAGAGAAUCAUUCCUGGCUGGAGGACUCCUAUGGCUACCCCAUCAGAACAAGGGCUAAGGAUUUAUGAGUCCAGAGCAUUUGAUCAGACUUUCAGAGGGUGGUAUAUUCUGAAACACAGCCCAACCAAACCAUUGUUCUGCCUCUUGAAUUUUCUCCUUUUCCUCUGAUCUCCUGCUCCCCUUUUUUUCCCCUUUCUCUCUAUUUCCUUUUCUUAAUUGGCUUUGGAAUUGAAGUAUAUUUUUAAAUUAUUUGUUGUAUUUAUUGAAUAAAGUUUUUAAUGUCCCUGUUCUUAAA